AUGCCUAAACCCAAAGCAACCCGCCGAAAGCAUCGAAAGAGGAUUGCACCAACAAUCGCUGAUACACUUUCUCUAUGUUUAACGAUUGACGAUAUUCCAUCGUUGUCCACUUCAGAGCGUUUAUACUUCCAACACUUCCUCCAGUUCACAACUACACAGCUGUCGCUCUCUUCUGGUCCGACCAACUUUUGGCUUCGAUACGCUCAACCCAUGAGUUAUCAGUUCGAGUCAAUUCGAUACAGCAUGAUUGCAGUCGGCGCCUCGCAUCGACUCUUCAUGGCGAAAUCCCUAGGUCAUUCGGAUAUUGGCGGCUUAAAGAGCUUCGCUACGCACCAAUACAAUAAGGCUAUCGCGACUAUUAUACCAAGCAUGACAGCUUCUCAAGACCUACAAAUCAUCAUGAUCUGCUGUCUACUCUUCAUCUCGUUCGAAGGCCUGACUGGUCGUUACGACGAGCUCCUCCAACAUCUCAGUGCAGGAAUCUCAUUGUUCAAUUCGCCGUUGUCGUUAAGUGAUGAAGAUCGCGGGAUGACUACAAAGCUUGCCGAGAUGUUUUGUCGACUUGGCGUAGAGUCAUCCAACUUCAUGCCAAAUGAUCCAAGUAUCUCUGGGAUACAAAAGUGGUAUCAAACGAACAAAUCUCAGCACUCUCUGUCUCCCAAGCCGUUCAACAAUUUUGACGAAGCGUCGUCUGCACUGCGGCAUUUGGAUGUUCUCUACGAUAAAAAGCCUUGGCAUUAUGAAGGGAGCGAUGAUCCGAAUACAGCCAAACUUAUAAUUGAAGCGACUGAGAAGCUUCAAGACGCCCUCAAUCAAUGGACUGACCGACUUGAUGCGUUUUAUGAGGCACGGCAAGACGAUAUAGUUGUCGAGGGCGAGCAGCAGUACCGCAACUUGCGUCUGCGCCAGCAAUACUGGCAGAUGGCUAUAGACUCACACUCCACCAAAGAAGCGGCCGCUGAACCCAAGACUUUUCAGCCAUUCUUGGCAGCAGCUAGAGAAGCAGCGGCGCCUUUCAUUGCUCUCGCCCAGCCGACUUAUUCGCUCGAUGGCGAUCUGAUUUCCGGCCUAGCUUUUGUCGCAUCGACCACGACUGAUGAUGAAACCAAAGUGCAGGCGCUUGAUCUCUUGUGGCGGUUGAAUCGUCGUGAAGGUCUAUUGGAUAGUCGCGAUUUUGUUGAGUUGCAUGAGCUUGCAAGGGCGCUUCAGACAUGUAAGGAGCCUAAGUUUGACGCAAAUUGGAAGCCCAUGGCUGCAGCUGGGUUACCAACGAUUAUUGAAAGGCUGCGAAACAGCUUGCGCUAG